AUGGCUCCUGACCAUGAUCGGAAACAGAAGCAGAAGGCCAGCAUCUCUGCACCGCUACCAGCCCCAGCCGAGCAAAGCCCCGAUGCUGAAGAAUAUGGCCCAAUAUUCUUUCACAAAGAAUGGGAGGAGUUCGGCUUCAUGUCAAACUUUUACCCUACCGCAUUCACAGCGCCUCAUCCCGCGUCGUGGCUGUUCGGGCAGCACGGCUUGGACUCGACCCCGGCCAGUAGCAGCACCGGAGACGAAGCACAAACGUCCAUAACAUUCCACCAUUCAGAACAAUACUACAUGUACUGCAAGGCACUGUAUUUUGGCGACGAUGACGCAGCAAGAAAGAUUGUCAACACAGUCUCGCCAACAGCAUGUAAAGACGUCGGCCGCUCCGUCAAAGGCUUCAGCGAAAAGACGUGGCGGAAGCACGAGCUUGACGUGAGAGUGAUGAAAGAAGCGCUGUGGUGGAAAUUUGGCGGCGGACAGCUGAAGUCUCUCCUUGAAAAGCCGCAAGGAGGUCUCACCGGGCCUGAGCUCAAUACGACAGAGAACAGGAUGAAUAGCCUGAACUAUUUGGGAAGGAGACUACUUGCAACUGGAGAAAGACAAUUGCUCGAGGCAGCUGGAAGUGAUAAAUACUGGGGUAUUGGAUUUAGCAUUCAGCAGGGACCUCAUCAGUAUGAGAAGUCUUGGGGGAGGAACCUGCUCGGCAAGGCUUUGAUGGGGGUUCGAGAAAGGUUGAGAAGGUUGAUCAAUGGAGAAGAGGAUGAGCAGGAGUAA